UUCUUUCCCUGCUCUGGCCGCACUGAAGGAGUUGUGGUGAACCGUGGGUCACACUGGCCUCAGCCAGAUUGCCUGGCCAGUCGCUGGAGAAGCAAUGCCCUGGAUUGUCCUGCUCUUUGCAGCUGGCUCCAUGGCGAUACCAGCGCCAUCCAUCCUGCUGGUGCCCCCACACCCCAGCAGUCAAGAGGACCCCAUCUACAUUGAAUGCGUGGCCCCCUGGGGCUUCCCAGGGGCCAACUUCACGCUCUACCAAGGGGAGAAGGUGGUCCAGCUCCUGCAGGCCCCUGCAGACCAGCUCAGGGUCACCUUCAACCUGAGCGGCGGCUGGGAGGCUGCAGGGGGAAUGUUUCAGUGCCAAUAUGGCGUCUUAGGCGAGCACAGGCAGCCGCAACUGUCAGACCUCAGUGAACCUGUGCACGUGUCCUUCCCAGUACCCACUUGGAUCCUGGCACUCUCCUUGAGCCUGGCUGGAGCCCUCCUCCUUGCUGGGCUGGUGACUGUUGCUGUGGUGAUCAGGAAAGUUAAAGUAAAAAAAAUGCAGAAGAAAAGAGAGCGGGAAUCCUGCUGGGCCCAGGGUAACUUCACCACCACAGACAUGUCCUUCGAUAAUUCCUUGUUUGCUAUCUCAACGAAAAUUACUUCAGAAGGAGACGCAGCCACCCUGGAUGCUUGCUCAGGUUCUACAGCGACCCAUGAAAACUCCAGGCCCCGGAAGAGGCCCACCUCCACAUCAUCCUCACCUGAACCCCCUGAAUUCAGCACCUUCCGGGCCUGCCAGUGAGGCUGAGAAUUGGGGCCCUCGUCUCUCUGUCCAUGCACUCCGCCCUCCAUUCAGUACUCUCACUUGAGCUGGUGGGGCUAGGUGGGGCCUGAGGUCUCUCCAGCUACUCUGGGGGGCUCUAGCUGCUGCUUUCUCAGGGAAUUGAACAGAGACCAAAGGGAUGCCUGGCCUUGGGACCUUCCUCACAGAGGAGCAGGAGUGGAAGAGGGGGAGCAGGCACUGGCUGGGAGGCUGGACAGAAAGCAGGAAGUCUCUCUUUGGAAUCUCAGCUUCUCAGGCCACCGGGGAAGUUGUUAUGAUCCCGUCUGGUCCCCAGCUGGGCCUAAGAGGCCAGAGCUUUCUGCACACCCCUCCUGUUUCCUCUUCCCUGCCACACCUGACGUGGACAACCCAACUGGGCUUUGGGAGCAGAGGGCACCUGGGGGUAUGUUUUGAGUGUCUGCCUUGCUGGUAUGCCUAAGUUAUUAAUUACAGCACAUGUUGAGCUGUCCCCAA